UCAGGGGCGGCACCCAACACCCAACGGGGUUGUCCUGGAGGCGAGGACAGCCUCGCUGCCGCCGCUGGGAUCCUGUCCUGCGGAGCGCGGGAAGCAAGAGCGCGCCCAGGAGCGCGGGGGAGCCCGGGACGUCGGAGAACGGGGACCGCAGGGCGCCGGAGAGAAGGAGGGUCAGCGACUCAGACUCUCCCCUGGGCAGAAGGCACUGAUUAGCCGGACUGGUCUUCUGGGAGCGGUGCGCGGGACAGAUCGGACGCCUUCAGGAGCGACGAGGGUAUGGAGAACUUGAAGGCUGUCAUCACCUUAGGCCAGUAUGUGUAUGACCAAUGUGAAAUGAUGCAACACUGCAAGAGACAGUGCCGGCGCCUCAAGAACCGGAUCCAUGGCCUGCUGCAGCCGCUGCAAGUGCUCGAGGCCCAAGACAAGAAGCUGCCCGCCGAGAUCACCACUGCCCUGUGCAAUUUCUAUGCUGUCCUAGAGAAAGCUAAGGCACAGAUAGAUAACUUUAGCAAUAAAUCCAAUGCUCUUAAGUUUAUAACGGCAGGGAAGGACAAAGUACUCUUUAAAGACAUAAACAAAGAGUUGAACGAUGUCCAGAAGGAGCUCUCACUGGGGCUGCAGGUGUACCAGUGGGUGUCUACUUCAAGCAUCAGCCAAGGAGAGUCCUGGGAGCAGGAAGAUCAGCAGGAUGCAAAGGAAGAUUGGCAAGCCCUCCAAAGCCUAAGUGAGAGAGAGGAAAGGAGGGAGAAACAGAGGGAGAGAAACAUCACUGAGCGAGAGAAACAUCGAUUGGUUGCUUCUUGCACCGCCCCCUCCCCCUGAACUGGGGACCGGGCCCGCAACCCAGGCAUUGGAAGUAUGGAAGAAUCAAUGAAAAAACUGGAAACCAAUAUGGUCAAAAUCUUGGAGAAUGAAAAGGAAGAAGUCAUGAAGACCAUUAGGGACUUUGUACAGUCAGACUUACAGAAAUGCGUGAAGAAGAUCCCAGAGUAUCAAACCAAGGAGAUUAAGAAGGAGGAGAUUUCAGAAUGCGAUUGGAUCCUGCUAUGGGAAAAUGAGGUUAGCCAAGUUUUUAGAGGAAAAUACUACCAAUCUUCAGUGGCCAUAAAAGUAUUCAAAAACGCCCAGGCCAGGAACAUUGGAGCAGUGAGGCGUACUUUCAAUAAUGAGAUCAGAACCAUGAAGAAAUUCGAUUCUCCUAACAUCCUGCGUAUAUUUGGGAUUUGCAUUGAUGAAAAAGUGACCCCCCCUCAGUUUUCCAUCGUCAUGGAAUAUUGUGAGCUUGGGACCCUGAGGGAGCUGCUGGAUCAGAAGAAGGACCUCAGUUUUGCUAAGCGCAUCGACCUGAUUAUGGGAGCAGCCAGAGGCUUGUACAGGCUGCACCAUUCGGAAACCCCGGAACUCCACAGAAACAUCAACAGCACGAGCUUCCUGGUAACUAGCAGCUACCAAGUGAAGCUUUCAGGAUUUGAGUUGAGCAAAACACAGACUUCAAUCAGUAGAGCAACUAAGAAAAAAAAAGAGAAAAUCAGUGCCUCGGCAUACAUCUCACCCGAAAGACUGGAAAAUGUGUUUAAUAAAUAUGACAUAAAAGCCGAAAUAUACAGCUUUGGGAUUGUUCUCUGGGAAAUCGCCACUGGGAAGAUCCCGUUUGAAGGCUGUGAUUCUAAGAAGAUCCACCAGCUAGUGGCUGUGGACCGGCACCAGGAGCCACUGGGUGAAGACUGCCCUUUGGAGUUGCAGGAGAUCAUUAAUCAUUGCCGGGCAUAUGAACCCUCCAGCCGUCCCUGUGUUAAUGAAAUCUUAGAGAAACUGUCUAAGUUUUAUUACACUGAGGAUUGAAACUGAAACUAAGGAGUCCCUGAACAAGAAGCUGGAAGAAGUGCAAGCUGGGCAUCUUUCUCCUAUCCAUUGGCGUGGAGUUAUUUAUGGGUGCAGGGAGGCAGCACUUCUCUGUCACAGAUAGAAAACAGUUCCAGUCAUGCAGAGCAUAUCCCCCUCCAAACAAUAUUGUCAAAAGUACACCUCUGAUCGUAACUGUGAUAAAUGUUUUACAAAAAUGUAUCUCUCUUGCCCAGACUGGUGUGGCUCAAUUAGUUGGGCAUCAUCCAGCAAAACAAAAGGCCACUGGUUCAAUUCCCAAUCAGGGCACACGCCUGGGUUCUGUCC